CGUGUCAAUCUUGCGCGAAUCAAUUAAUUUCAUCCACGCAGACAUCAAAGAAUCUGGAACAGUGAAGUACGAAGAAAGAAAAAAGAAAGCGUCUUCCUUAUCUCUGCGUUGGCAAUCGUACUGAAUCCCCAAAUUCAAUGCCAAAAGCCCCCACGAAUUGUACAAAUCCGAAGACUCAAGUGAGAGAGUCAAAAACGUGAAAGCCAAAAAGCAAGAGAAGAGUCUCCAACGUCUGACGGCUAGGGAAAAGAAAACUAAAGCCUAAAAUAGAUGAUGCAUCUUGCUUUGUCCUUUUUCUCUUUAUAGCCGCCGCAAUUCCAAGGAGUUCAAAAGCCAAGAAACGUCUGGUGCAAAUCAAUCUGCAAAAGCCAUUUCCCCCUUUGAGUUUUGAUCCCAUGUGCCUGGUCCACAUGGACCACGGUCCGUCUUUCGGUUUCGUCCACCUUCCAAGGCGUGGCCACGCUCUGAAAUGAAAAGUCUUCUGGAAAUUUUUCCCCGCGAUAUCAUUUUAAUGCUAACCACCUACAAUUCGCACAAAUGUCAAAUAUGAGUGAAAUCCCCUUUCUUAACACCAUGAAUGGCCAAAAUUAGGACAAGAUGACAAUGCAAAACGUGCCAAAUAACGGCUCUAUCACAACUCUCGAGACACUUAUAAAAUAAUUGAAAUAUUCAUGAUUUGUAGAACAUGUAAAAUAAUUAAAAAUAUGCAUUAAUAAUCGAUUCCAAACAACCUCUACCCUCUUUUGUUAGCAAACGAAGCAUGACAAGUAAAUGCACUUAAUUAUUUUGCGUGCACAUAUAUGAUUUAUAAAUUACUGAUCUCUAUACAAAAAAAUUGACACCAAAACUCGAAUUUGCAUCUGGAUUCAAUAAGAUCCGAGGGAUUCUGAUAUAAAUCUGCUCGCACAAGCCUAUGCCCAUUAUCCAGAUCCAAAUCUAGUAUGUCAAUCGGAUCCCAGUCUGGAUCUCCUUGUUUCAGCUAAAACCGACCCACUUAGACCACACAUGUGAAGGUCAAUAAUAUCGGCAUAAUUUUUGUCCCUCGUCAAAAAUAUUAGCAACGGUUGCAAUACAAAAGACGAGCACCAAUGCGCAAUGGUUCUUAGAAUUUUAAACUGCUGGAUGCUCAGCUUUGCCUUAUUCGUUCUUGUCAACUGCUGGAUCCUUCCUCUCCUAUCUCCUUUCAUCCGUCAAAACCGCUUCUUCUGGUAAUAAUUUCGAAGCACAUAACAAAUCAAUGGCUUCCGUAUUUAAUAGCUCAACAAAUUAAAUAAGCCGCAGAUUGUUCUCAUGCAUAUUUGAGCUACAACGCAGACAAUAGGUUCAACCAGUUCUGAUACUGACUAUAUAAUUAGUUGCAGAAAGCAAUGAAUCCUGAAUUGCGUAUACUUGCACAAAAAGGGAUGAAUCCUGAUUUGUACGCAGCUGCACAGUUGGGUGAUUGGGCUGUAAUUGGAAGAUUUUCGGGCAAGUUUCCGACUCAGAGGACUCCAAAAGGAAACACCGUCCUUCACGUAUUAGCCCAGUCCUGUGACUCUGCAGAUGUAGUCCAACGCAUCCUAGCGCGAAAUUGCUGUUUGCUAAUGAAAAAAAAUGCUCGUGGUGAGACUGCACUUCAUUUGGCCGCAAGAAAGGGGCAUUCUGGCGUUGUUCGAGCACUCAUUGAUUAUAGUAAACAGAACAAAGGAUGUUGGUUUUGCGCCUGUUUUGUCGACAGAUGCAAGAGGAUGCUGAGGAUGGCUAAUGUGGAUGGAAACACAGCUUUACACGAGGCAGUUAAGAACAACUUCUGUGAGGUUGCUAAGUUGUUGGUUCAAGAAGAUCCUGGGUUCCGAUAUCGCCCCAAUCAUGCUAUGGAGACUCCUCUAUAUCUCGCAGUUGAGAAGGGAUAUCGGGAUAUUGCGGAUCUGAUUUUGACGACUUGCAAGUCACCAGCUUAUCUUGGCCCCGGUCACAAAACCGCCCUUCAUGCUGCAGCAAUAUGGAAUUUGCCAGAACUCAUGGAGCUGAUUUUGCAAAAGCUGCCUCACAUUAUCAAAAGGGUAGAUAAAUUUCGAUGGACUGCGCUUCAUUAUGCUGCUAAAUUCAAUCAUCAAGACGUGGUAAAACUAUUAUUAUCUGCUAAGAGGUCUAUGGCUUAUGUUGCUGCCCGCAGGGAUGACUCCAAGACUGCUCUACAUGUUGCUGUAAUUGAGGGACAUUUAGGUGUGGUGCAAGAGCUUUUAUCCGAUUGCCCAGAUUGUUGGGAGAAGUGCACUAAUAAACAACAGAAUAUCCUUCAUCUUGCAGUAAAAUAUGAACAAAGAGAUGUCUUGGAAUUUGUCCUAUAUUAUCCUUGGGCUUCUGAACUCAUUAAUCAGAAGGAUAAGAAUGGAAACACUCCUCUCCACCUGUAUGUUGCUACCAAAAACUUAGAUGGAAAUAGCCUUGUAAAUCACCGCUGUGUGGAUAUCAAUUCUUUCGAUAAUUGGAACUCCACGCCUCUAGACAGAUUAGUACCAGAAGAUGAGCUUUCAGGAAGACAGAUUUUAAUCAGGGAUGAGUUGCGGCGAGCAGGUGGCUCUCCAGGUUAUCGAAAUUUAGCUACUGUAAAGAAGAAUUUACGAUCAUUGAAAACUGAUGAACCAGAAAAACUGGGAAGACUGGCAGGGACUUAUUUGAUUGUGGCCACACUGAUUGCAACAGUCACUUUUGCGGCCGGUUUUACUGUCCCAGGUGGAUACAAUAGCAGCGGUGGCCCAAACCAAGGCAUGGCAGUUCUAGGAAAGAAAGCAGCUUUUAUUACAUUCGUAAUUUCAGAUUCUUUAGCACUAGUAAUCUCCGUAUUUGCAGUGGCUCGACUACUUCAGUUCGUGUGGAUAAAAAAAGCAAAAUUGUCUCAGCUAGAAGGCAUUCAGGGAGACAUUUUUCUUGCUCUCAUACCAAUGAUGAUAGCAUUUGUCGCUGGCUUGUACUCAGUGCUACAGAUCUUGAGUCUCAAGAUUGUGAUGUGCGUGCUUGCUGCUUUCUUUGGCUUUCAGAUACCACUGAUGUAUUUUACGGUCAUUCCGAAAACAAAGACUUAUGUAUCCACAUUCAGACAUACUGAAGCCGACAGUUCCUUGAGUAUAGGUAGAUUCGGAAUUUGGUUUCAGGACUUACCUGAAGCAGAUUAGUUUGUGCUAGUAAAUUUGUCACCUACAAACUACUACUAGCACGUACUACAUGGUAUCAUACUUUUCUGCAUUAUUUGGAGGCUUUGACCUAUGGAAACCAUUUGGCCAUUUAUCUAAUACACUAUUUUCAGUA